AUGUCCGUCGUACGUGUCUGGGCGCACACGAGCCGCACCGACGUCCCGCUCCAGCUCUCGCCCGGCACCUACAGCCGCGAAGCCCUGGAAGGACUCGACCGUGUGCUGUUCGAGGCCAGCCGAGCGGGCUUGCGCGUCAUACUGUCGCUGGCAGACAACUGGAAGGCCCCCGGGGGUGUUGAGGAGUACCUGGACUGGUCCAGGUCGGUUCCGAAGAGGGACACGACGCUGCCGGAGGACGACGAGGGCAACGUGGACCUGAAGAAGCUCGAUGGAGCGACGCGGGUGAUGCCCUCGCGCACGAAGCUUGCGCGCCGUCACGCGCUGUUCUUCGCGGACGCGGAGUGCCGCGACAACUUCCGGGGCCACAUCGCGGCGAUCCUUGGGCGGCGCAACUCCCUCACCGGAGCGCGAUACGCCGACGAGGUCAUGGCGGUGUCGCUGCUGAACGAGCCCCGCUGCGAGACCUGGGCGGAGCCGCGCUGCAACCGAUGGGUUCACGACUGGAUCGCGGAGAUGGCCGCCGCUGUCCACGACGUCGCGCCGGGCGUCCUCGUGUCAGUUGGCGGGGAGGGGUUCUUCGGGCCGUGGGACGACCAGGAGCUGCAGGACGCCAACCCCGGGACGUGGGCGGCGCAGACGGGGCAGAACUUCGUCGCGAACGCGCAGGAGACCGGCGUGGACUUCCUGGAGAUGCACCUGUGGCCGUCCAACUGGGAGGCCCCGAUGCCUCAGUCCUUCGCGGCGGACUGGAUCGACGCGCACGUGGGCGCCGCGCGGGAGCUGCAGCUGCCGAUCGUCCUGACGGAGUUCGGCGGCCACAAGGACGGCGGCGCGCGCGCGAAUGAGGCGCGGGAAGAAACGGCACGGGUCUUCUCGCGCGUGUACGACCUGGUGGAAGAGCACAUGGCUGGCGGGGACGGGGCGCCCGGGGUGCUCGCUGGCACGCUGUUCUGGCGCUUUGAGACCGAAGCGCUCCAGGACCGCGAGGUCGGGCCGUACGACACAACGGCGGAGCAUCCUGCGUUCGCGGUGGCGGUGGAGCACGCUGCGAGGGUGCGCGGUGUGCGCGGGCGGCUGCGGGAAGGAGAGCCGUCGGGGGAGCGAGCGUGCUGGGUGCCGGAAGCGUGGGUGCGAGAGGGCGCCUGA